AUGCGCGGCGUCGGCUGGCAAACGCUAUCCCUGUCGCUGGGGUUAGUGCUGGCGAUUCUGAACGAGGUGGCGCCGCAGGCGUGCCCGGCGCAGUGCUCCUGCUCGGGCAGCACGGUGGACUGUCACGGGCUGGCGCUGCGUAGCGUGCCCAGGAAUAUCCCCCGAAACACCGAGAGACUGGAUUUGAAUGGAAAUAACAUCACACGGAUUACCAAGACAGAUUUUGCUGGUCUUAGACACUUAAGAGUUCUUCAGCUUAUGGAGAAUAAGAUUAGCACCAUUGAAAGAGGAGCAUUCCAGGAUCUUAAAGAACUGGAGAGACUGCGUUUGAACAGAAAUCACCUUCAGCUGUUUCCUGAGUUGCUGUUUCUUGGGACUUCGAAGCUCUACAGGCUUGAUCUCAGUGAAAACCAAAUUCAGGCAAUUCCAAGGAAGGCUUUCCGUGGGGCAGUUGACAUUAAAAAUCUGCAACUGGAUUACAACCAGAUCAGCUGUAUUGAAGAUGGAGCAUUUAGGGCUCUCCGGGACCUUGAAGUGCUCACUCUCAACAAUAACAACAUUACUAGACUUUCUGUGGCAAGUUUCAACCAUAUGCCUAAACUUAGGACUUUUCGCCUCCAUUCGAACAACCUAUAUUGCGACUGUCACCUCGCCUGGCUCUCUGACUGGUUGCGACAAAGGCCCCGGGUUGGUCUCUACACUCAGUGUAUGGGUCCAUCCCACCUGAGGGGCCAUAAUGUAGCUGAGGUUCAAAAACGAGAAUUUGUCUGCAGUGGUCACCAGUCAUUUAUGGCUCCUUCUUGCAGUGUUUUGCACUGUCCAGCUGCUUGUACCUGUAGCAACAAUAUCGUAGACUGUCGUGGGAAAGGUCUCACUGAGAUCCCCACGAAUCUGCCAGAGACCAUCACAGAAAUACGUUUGGAACAGAACUCAAUCAAGGUCAUCCCUCCUGGAGCUUUCUCACCAUAUAAAAAGCUUAGAAGAAUUGACCUGAGCAAUAAUCAGAUCUCCGAACUAGCACCAGAUGCUUUCCAAGGACUACGCUCUCUGAAUUCACUUGUCCUCUAUGGAAAUAAGAUCACGGAACUCCCAAAAAGUUUAUUUGAAGGACUGUUUUCCUUACAGCUACUAUUAUUGAAUGCCAACAAGAUAAACUGCCUUCGGGUAGAUGCUUUUCAGGAUCUGCACAACUUGAACCUUCUCUCCUUGUACGACAACAAGCUUCAGACCAUUGCCAAGGGGACCUUUUCACCUCUCCGGGCCAUUCAAACCAUGCAUUUGGCCCAGAACCCCUUUAUUUGUGACUGCCAUCUCAAGUGGCUGGCGGAUUAUCUCCAUGUCAACCCCAUCGAGACCAGUGGUGCCCGCUGCACCAGCCCCCGGCGUCUGGCAAACAAAAGAAUAGGACAAAUCAAAAGCAAGAAAUUCCGUUGUUCAGCUAAAGAACAGUAUUUCAUUCCAGGUACAGAAGAUUAUCGAUCAAAAUUAAGUGGGGACUGCUUUGCAGAUUUGGCUUGCCCUGAGAAGUGCCGCUGUGAAGGGACCACGGUAGAUUGUUCCAAUCAGAAACUCACCAGAAUCCCAGACCACAUUCCCCAGUACACCGCAGAGCUGCGUCUCAAUAAUAAUGAAUUCACAGUGUUGGAAGCUACAGGAAUCUUCAAGAAACUUCCGCAGUUACGUAAAAUAAACUUUAGCAACAAUAAGAUCACAGACAUUGAAGAGGGAGCAUUUGAAGGAGCAUCAGGUGUAAAUGAAAUACUUCUCACGAGUAAUCGUUUGGAAAACGUUCAGCAUAAGAUGUUCAGGGGAUUAGAAAGCCUGAAAACUUUGAUGUUGAGAAGUAAUCGCAUAAGCUGUGUUGGCAAUGACAGUUUCAUAGGACUGAGUUCUGUGCGUUUGCUUUCUUUAUAUGAUAAUCAAAUCACUACCAUUGCACCAGGGGCAUUUGAUACUCUGCAUUCUUUAUCUACCCUAAACCUGUUGGCCAAUCCGUUUAACUGUAACUGCUACCUGGCUUGGCUUGGGGAAUGGCUCAGGAAGAAAAGGAUCGUAACCGGAAAUCCUCGAUGUCAAAAACCAUAUUUCCUCAAAGAAAUCCCCAUCCAGGAUGUUGCCAUUCAAGACUUUACGUGUGAUGAUGGAAAUGAUGACAAUAGCUGUUCUCCGCUGUCUCGCUGCCCCACGGAAUGUACAUGCUUGGAUACAGUCGUCCGAUGUAGCAAUAAGGGCUUGAAGGUCUUGCCCAAAGGUAUUCCAAGAGAUGUCACUGAAUUGUAUCUGGAUGGGAACCAAUUUACACUGGUUCCUAAGGAGCUCUUUAACUACAAACAUUUAACACUUAUAGACUUAAGUAACAACCGAAUAAGCACCCUUUCUAAUCAGAGCUUCAGCAACAUGACCCAGCUCCUCACCUUAAUUCUUAGUUACAACCGUUUGAGAUGUAUUCCUCCUCGAACCUUCGAUGGAUUGAAGUCUCUUCGAUUACUUUCAUUACAUGGAAAUGACAUUUCUGUUGUGCCCGAAGGUGCUUUUAAUGAUCUUUCUGCAUUAUCACACCUAGCAAUUGGAGCCAACCCUCUUUACUGUGAUUGUAACAUGCAGUGGUUAUCGGACUGGGUAAAGUCGGAAUACAAAGAACCUGGAAUUGCGCGCUGUGCUGGUCCUGGAGAAAUGGCAGAUAAAUUAUUACUCACAACUCCUUCCAAAAAAUUUACAUGUCAAGGUCCCGUGGAUGUCAAUAUUCUAGCUAAAUGUAAUCCUUGCUUAUCAAAUCCGUGUAAAAAUGAUGGCACCUGUAACAAUGACCCAGUUGACUUUUAUCGCUGCACAUGUCCGUAUGGUUUCAAGGGGCAGGACUGUGAUGUUCCUAUUCAUGCAUGCAUCAGUAACCCAUGUAAACAUGGAGGAACUUGCCACUUAAAGGAAGGAGAAAAAGAUGGAUUCUGGUGUAUUUGUGCUGAUGGAUUUGAAGGAGAAAAUUGUGAAGUCAAUGUUGAUGACUGUGAAGAUAACGAUUGUGAAAAUAACUCUACGUGCGUCGAUGGAAUUAACAACUACACGUGCCUUUGCCCACCUGAGUACACAGGCGAGUUGUGUGAGGAGAAGCUGGACUUCUGUGCCCAGGACCUGAACCCCUGCCAGCAUGACUCCAAGUGCAUCCUGAUGCCAAAGGGAUUCAAAUGUGACUGCACACCAGGAUACAUAGGCGAGCACUGCGACAUUGACUUUGAUGACUGCCAAGAUAACAAAUGCAAAAACGGAGCCCACUGCACAGAUGCCGUGAAUGGCUAUACGUGCAUCUGCCCCGAAGGCUACAGUGGCUUGUUCUGCGAAUUUUCUCCACCCAUGGUCCUCCCUCGUACCAGCCCCUGUGAUAAUUUUGAUUGCCAGAACGGUGCCCAGUGCAUCAUCAGGAUAAAUGAGCCAAUAUGCCAGUGUUUGCCAGGCUACCAGGGAGAGAAGUGUGAAAAGUUGGUUAGUGUGAAUUUUGUAAACAAAGAGUCUUAUCUUCAAAUUCCUUCAGCCAAGGUCCGUCCACAAACGAACAUCACUCUGCAGAUUGCCACAGACGAAGACAGUGGAAUCCUCCUGUAUAAAGGCGACAAGGACCAUAUUGCCGUCGAACUGUAUCGGGGACGGGUUCGUGCCAGCUACGACACCGGCUCCCACCCGGCUUCUGCCAUUUACAGCGUGGAGACGAUCAAUGAUGGAAACUUCCACAUUGUGGAACUACUUGCCCUGGAUCAGAGUCUCUCCCUUUCUGUGGAUGGAGGGAGCCCCAAAAUCAUCACCAACUUGUCAAAGCAGUCAACUCUGAAUUUUGACUCUCCGCUCUAUGUAGGAGGCAUGCCCGGGAAGAACAACGUGGCCGCGGCCCUGCGCCAGGCCCCUGGGCAAAACGGCACCAGCUUCCACGGCUGCAUCCGGAACCUUUACAUCAACAGUGAGCUCCAGGACUUCCGCAAGGUGCCCAUGCAAACCGGCAUCCUGCCAGGCUGUGAGCCGUGCCACAAGAAGGUGUGUGCCCACGGCACGUGCCAGCCCAGCAGCCAGUCGGGCUUCACCUGUGAGUGUGAGGAGGGAUGGACCGGGCCCCUCUGUGACCAGAGGACCAAUGACCCCUGUCUGGGAAAUAAAUGUGUGCACGGCACCUGCCUGCCCAUCAAUGCAUUCUCCUACAGCUGUAAGUGUCUGGAGGGCCACGGGGGAGUCCUCUGUGAUGAAGAGGAGGACCUCUUUAACCCCUGCCAGGGGAUCAAGUGCAAGCAUGGGAAAUGCAGGCUCUCAGGACUUGGGCAGCCCUACUGUGAAUGCAGCAGUGGAUACACCGGGGACAGCUGUGAUCGAGAACUCUCGUGUCGAGGGGAGCGAAUAAGAGAUUAUUACCAAAAGCAGCAGGGCUAUGCCGCGUGCCAGACAACCAAGAAGGUGUCCCGGCUGGAAUGCAGGGGUGGAUGUACGGGAGGGCAGUGCUGCGGACCCCUAAGGAGCAAGCGACGGAAAUACUCUUUCGAAUGCACUGACGGGUCUUCGUUUGUGGACGAGGUGGAAAAGGUGGUGAAGUGUGGCUGUACCAGGUGCGCCUCCUAAGCGCGUCCCUGGCAGCGUUUGUCUUUGGGAAAUGUCGUCUACUUCUUGACCAUGUUGGACUAAUUAAUAAUGCUUCAUAGUGGAAAUAUUUGAAAUAUAUUGUAAAAUACAGAACAGACUUAUUUUUAUUAUGAGAAUAAAGACUUUUUUUUUCCUGCAUUUGGGAACAAAAAAAAAAAUGCUUGAACUAACGCUUCCCCGAUGCUAGAGAAGUAUGAAGAGAGAGAUACCUGGAGGCAUCAGAACGAAAGUGGGAAUCGUUGCAACUCGAAUUCAUCUUUGCGACAUGCUGAAGACAGAAGCACAGGCAAAGGGAGAGCCGAGCUGCCCUGUGCUGCCGUGAAAUCGCCCAGAGCAUAAAACCCAUGCGCCCUCGUGCUCCUCUUUGUGGUUUAUGAGGACAGACCAAGCACGCGCGUGUGAAUGUGAGGACGCAAGGCGGAGGAAUGGGAUUCUAGAGUUCAUAGGACAAAUGGUUGAGAAAUACGAUGUGCAAAAUAGUGUCCUGAAGACAAGGGUUCUAUUCCCGAGAGAGAUGGGAGUGCUAAAAUAAGUUUUAUGUUCUUUGUAAACGUCAGCAUGUUAGCAGAAGAAGCACACAAAAGUGUUUAUCUACCGUUUUCCAGUAUUAAUUUUUUGUAAUAUAAAUGAUAAAGGAGAUGAUAAAGAACCAAUAGAUUAUUGAUAAAUAAAUUAGUAAUAAUAUGAAUUUUUGUUUCUAUGAGUUCUAAACAGCCCUAUACAGUAUUCAGUUUCCAUGAGAAAUAUUUAUUGUAUCAAAGUACAUUGUACUUAACAUUUUAGGCCAUUCUUUUACUGUUUCUCAAUGCUUUAAUAUAUAUUAAUUUAUAAUUGUCCUGAUAUUUUUGUAUAUUUUUCAAACUUAAAAGUCAGGAUCUUUUUGGGUUUUUUUGGCAAUAGUACUAACAUAGGGUGUUAUCUUGGGAUAAAUGUGUGUUGAUCUGUUUGUUUACCUUGACAUCUGACCACUGGUGGCACUGACCUACUGGCCUCAUUCAGGACACCUGCAGAGUGUAAAGUCGAUGCGUGAGAUGGUCAUUGUACAGAAAGAAGUGGCCAGCCCCUCUGCAACAUGUCCCCACAAAACAGAGAUGGUAUAUAGCAGUCAACACUAGAAGAGUAGGUAUUUUACAAAUUAAUAUUUCCUUGACAUUUUUUGCCCUUUUAUUGCGGGUGGGUGGGGAGAAAAAAAGGCUGUAAUGUCAAGAACUGUGAUUUUUUUUUCCCCAAACAAUAAAGCUCCUUUAUUACCUUAAUGUUCCCAUGUUAACAUGUUUGCUGCUAAAUUACAAUGUAGAAUCGAUAAUGAUUUAUAGUGGACUGUGCUCUUCCCUUAUUAAAAUCCCAGGGUACCCUGUGAAGAUGCAGAUGUUUCUUUUCAAAAAACUUUUUUUACACAAAAAAUUAGAUGUACAUGUAUAAUUCAUUGUGCUUUGUCUUUCUCCAGACUAAUAUCAGUUAUACUACUGAUGGUUGUAAAUUAAACAGAUAUUUACUUCACUAA